CGCGCUUCGACACGCGUGCACGGUACAACACUAGAUUAAAAAAAGCGCGCUCAAAUACGUAAAUAGUAAUGUUGGUUAAUUAAUUUUUAAUCGAUGUAAAUCAAAUAAAAAAAGAAUCGAUAUAAAUGUGGUGUAAUAGAUAUGGUGGGUACAGUUAGCUAGUGUAGAAUUGUGACUUAAUUGAAAAAAAUUAAAAACACUUUUAAUAUUAAAUAACAAAAUCAAUGCAUCGAAAUUGAAUUAAGAAGCUUACUAGUCAAUUGGCACUGUACUUAUUAGUGAUAACAUAAUUAGAAGAGAUGACGCAGUUAUCUUGGGGACAGAAGGCCGGUUGCUUCUACGGAGCACUUAAGCCAGGGGAGGAAAGACCAGAGUUAUUCGCAAGAUCAUGGCUUGGCCUCUGGGCUGUGUACUGGCGUGUACCCAUCUUUAUAUGGUCUCUCAUCACAAUAACCUGGUCUACUGCAGCGUUCUGGGGCUCCGUAAACAAAUAUAUGCUGUAUAUGACACACUGGGGGUUACUACUUAUACUAGUGGAAUCCUUCUUCGGCGUUAUCGUUGCACUCAAAGAAGAUCGUUUUUUACCAGGUAUACCAGAGCCAAUUCACACUGACGCCACGACACCUGAUUACGGAAGUUUUGUUGGAUCUUUGAAGAAUGAGAAUACGAAAUCUGAGUUCCCCUGGUACGUGAAAGUGUAUUGGGUAUUGUACAACAUCACCAUUCCUGUUGCCUUCCUCAUCACCGUCUUCUACUGGUCAAUACUAAAUACUGCUAUAAAAAAAGUUAACUACGCUCCGAACCCGACACUCGACGUAAUGUUACACGGUGUCAACAGCCUGGUAAUGUUAACUGAGUUGGUUCUGUCGGCGCAUCCCAGCCGAUUGCUCCAUGUAAUGCAACCGCUGUACUUUGGAAUCGUAUAUUUGAUAUUCACCAUUGUAUACUACGACGCGGGAGGGCUUGAUCCUUGGGGCCACGUAUUCAUCUACCCUGUCAUCGACUGGUCUAAACCGGAACAGACGUUGGUGGUUGCCUCUCUCACGGGCCUGUUCCUUGCCCUCAUGCAUAUACUGACCGUUGGUGUGGCGACAUCACGAGACAUUAUAGCCAGACGGUGUCGUAGAGCACCUAAUGGAUUAUACAACGAUGGAUUCGAAGCUUAAUGUCGAUGCUUAGGAAGAAUCGAGAUGUAAAACCAUGCAUCGGUACAAUCGAAUCGAUUGAAAGAAUCGCCACAAGAUGAUGAUAAAGUUAUUGCCGUGGAAGUGAGGACUUCCUUGGUUAUUCCUAUUCGAACAUUUGGAUUUUUAUUGGAGACUGUUAUAAUUUGACAUUAAUGUGUCGUGACGUAUCUUUGACUCAAAAGGACUUGUUUGUUUAUAAGAUUUUUAUAAAAUGUUUCAGAUAUUUUGUACUACCUUGUACUAAAUACGCAUGUAACAUGUUUACUGUUAACAAAAUUGUAAGUGAAAUAUAAUCUAGUGAAUUGUUAUAAGCUUUAUCAUUAUUUAGUUCAAAAUAGAAAUGUAAAGUGUUAAGAAACUGAUAUUUGUGUAAAGUUUUGUGUAAUAAAGCAAACUGUGAUGGUUGUCCUAUUUUAGUAAA